AUGGGUGUAAUUACCACAACGUUUGUGGUCUGUGAGUCUGUACAACAGCCUGUGUGUGAAAAUGGAUUUCCACCAGUGAAAGUCUAUGAUGAAUCAGGUUGCUGCUAUCGCUACGAAUGUCAAUGUAUAUGCUAUGGAUGGGGAGACCCUCAUUACGUCACAUUUGAUGGGCAAUAUUACAGUUUCCAGGAAAACUGCACCUACGUUUUGAUUAAAGAAAUAGUUCCUCGAUAUAACUUCAGUGUCAACAUCGACAACUACAACUGCGAUCCGUCUAGACACGUGACCUGCCCUCAGUCUCUGAUUGUCCAUUACAAGUCCUAUACAAUCGUUCUUACUCCGAAGAGAUCAACUACGACAAAAAAUGUGGUGUACAUCAAUGGAAAUCAGAUCUUCCCGACCUUUUCUAAUGAAGACCUCAUGAUCACCAGCACUGGGAUAGAGUUACUGUUGACUAUCCCUGCCAUUAAAGCACAAGUGAUGUUUAAGUCCCUUAUGUUCAGUGUAACCCUGCCAAACUCCCUAUUCUUCAACAACACAGAGGGACAGUGUGGCACCUGUGACAAUAUCAGGAAGAACGAUUGCAGAUUACCGAAUGGACAGAUUGAUCCAUCAUGUCCUGGGAUGGCUCAUCAAUGGCAGAUUCCUGAUGAUAACAAAACCUACUGUAAACCGAACAGACCGAUCCCACCUAGCACACCCACCCCUACGCCUCCAACCUGCCCGUCAGGAAAGACAGCAAUCUGUGACAUCAUACUUAGCCCGGUCUUUGAACAAUGCCAUGAUGUUAUCCCACCACAACACUUCUUCAAGGCCUGUAAGUUCGAUGUCUGCCACAUGCCAAAUAUCACAAUCGGCUGCUCCAGCCUGGAAACCUACGCUGUGAUGUGUGCAGGAGCUGGAGUCUGUAUCAACUGGAGGAACUCAACUAAUGGAAAAUGUGAACUGAUCUGCCCUAAAACCAAAGUGUAUAAGGCAUGUGGCCAUACUAUCCAGCCAACAUGCAAUUCAAGAUACAAUGACAAAUAUGUGCAUUCAUGUGAGGGAGAACAAAACAGCCGUGACAUUGUAUGUGACAAAUUCAUGGAGGGCUGCUUCUGCCCCGAGGGUACCAUCUUGUUCAACACGUUAUCUGACACCUGUGUUCGUGACUGUGGAUGCACUGGACCUGAUGGGAAUCCCAAACAGUUUGGUGAGACUUGGAACAGUAACUGCCAGAAGUGCGAGUGUAAUGCUGACACACUGAGUGUCCGGUGUGAACCAGUGAAAUGUCCGCACCAAGAAGUUGCUACCUGUAAGAAGUACGGUGAGGUGUUGGUCAACAAGACAGUGGACUGCUGUCAAAUAAAUACAUGUGUGCCCAAACCUGUCUGUGUCCACAAUAAUACUGAAUUCACGCUUGGUGAAAUUGUUCCCAGCGGCAUCUGUGAGGAGUGCAAGUGUGGCCCUAAAAAGGAUCCAGUCUCCAAGCUAUAUGUUGUUGAGUGUGUCCAAAUCAACUGUUCCACCACCUGCCAAACGGGUUAUGAGUAUGGAGUCGUACCUGGGGAAUGCUGUGGAACAUGUGUCCAGAAGGACUGUGUUGUAGCUCUACCAAACGCCACAUCUCACAUCAUUCAGCUUGGGAAGUUUUGGUCGCCCCUAGUGACCGCUGUGUGA